AACACAUAUCGUCUAGUUGGGCUUUCAAGCGAGCGCGCAUCGAGGAGGAUUCGUCCUCCUCCUCUUCCUCAGUCGGCCCGAAGGAUCGACGAAAAUCAGCGCGGCAGGCGCGCUCAAAUGCCGGCCGGACUACUGACAGUAGUAAAGACGCCAUGCUCGCGCGCGCAAACAUCGAGCGUGAUCGAGGAACUCGUCGAGAUCAACGUUGAUUCCGUCUUCGCAAAGACGGAAGGUGGGACGAGCGUUUUAAAGGAUAAAGCAUGGCAGGAAGAACGGAGAGAGAGGGAGAGAAAACACCAAAUAAAAUAAUCACACCUUAAGAUUAAUAAUCAAGGCUGGACUUGAAUUUUCGAUAUAAUUCUCGAAAUAUUAUUAAAUUGAAUUAUUCUUUUAUACCUUCCUUUCUUUCUUUCUUUCUUUCUUUCUUUGAUUCUUUGUUACUUUCUUUUUUUCUCUUCUCAUGCUCGAAUUUUAUUUUAUUCUGGUGGCAACGCGAAAUGCGAUAACGCUCAUCGUGAUCUUUGAUUUUUAUCAUCGAAAGUGAUGGACUCAUACAAGUGUUACGACAGUUAGAGUGAGAUUUCAUGAUCCUUCGUUGAUUCGAAUGGAUAUAUACGUAUAUAUAUACAUCCAUAUAUCUUGUGUUGGAUGGUGCUAAUUUAUUGGAUGGAACGAGGAGGAAAAUUUUUCAACGAAGAAGACACAAGAUUUAAUACUUCCACAGUGGUUUAGGUUUAUGUGAUUCUACCAAGAUCGUACAUCGUCGUGUGGCGGCUGUAGUAACGUUAUUGUUGAUCCUUCCGACGACUUUAUUGUGACUAGUUAUCAUUGCUUCUACACUCGCGCCUAUGUAUGUGUUUUUAUGUAUAUGCAAGUACAACUGCGGUUAUUAUAAAACGAUUAAUUUUGAAAAUGAAAUAAGGAAAUUGAGCGCUUCUUAAAACGAAAAGGAGAGAGAAAAAAUUUUUAAAUGAGAAUUUAUUUCUCUUUUUAUCUUUUUCAUUAAUUCUUAGAGGAUUAUAAUUGGACCAAAAAUAUAGUGGCGAGAGAAGAAGAGAGAAAGAAAAGUUCCAAACAAUCUCGUUUCCUCUCUCUUCCCGAACUCUCUUCUCAACGAAAUUUUCGAAAACUUCGAGAAACAUUCAUAUCCUCGCAUAUCAAUAGUCAAAAUUUGCAGUGAAUCGUCCGCUCGAGAACACUGCGGUUAUCUGAGGAGAAGAAAAGAAAAAGGAAAAAUAGGAAUACUAUUUUCUUCUGCAACGACGUGGAAAGUAGACGGAAUAAAAAGAAAGAAGGACUUAAGAAAAAACACAAAAGAAAUAAAAAGAAGAAAAAGAGAGGGAAGACAGAAGGAUGAAGAAAUAAACGAAUCAAUCUUGAGCACUUCCUCUUCAAAGAAUGGAAAAAAGGUUUUAGGAAAUAGAGGAAACAAUUCUUCUGUAUCUUUAGUAAAAUCAUAUCAAGUGCGUCUUUGGAUACGGAUCGAAGCCAUUUUCCUUUUUUGAUAUCGAUUCGGGCGCGGUCGAUUCACUGCCAGAUGACUUUACAAAGGGUCCACGAAGAUUCACCCGACGUUUUGUCUUCAAUAUUUGAAUACGAAGACAUAAUAAAAUUAUAAUAAUUCACGGAUGGCCCUGCGAUGAGAAUAAUAUAUUAUUAUAUUUACACAUCCUUACCCUGGCCCUCCAUACAGAGAUAUUCAUAUACAUAGAUAUAUUAUAUACAUAUAGAUACAAACAGAGAAAGGAUAUAUUAAAAGGAUAUACGAAUGUUUUGCGACCACUUCAAUAGAGCGGUGGUCGUUAUUGUUUGUUGAGUGUACUGUUCAUUGAUAAGAAAAGAGAAACAGAGAGAGAGAGAGAGAAGGAUAGAAAAGGUGCAUAUACAGAGAGCACCGAUAUCAAAGGAAAAAUGGCGAUGGUAAUAUCACCCCGUAGCAAAAUCGUCACAUUAGCCUUGUUGAUUGGUAUUAUAACACUCGUCGCUUUAAUCAUAACCGGUGUGAUCGGAUUUUGGCACAAAACUGAGAAAGCACCGAACAACGGAACGAAGAUGGUCAGUAGCAGACUUCAACAAUUCACCGGCUACACCGCUACGAAGCACAUCGAUCGAGAGUACGACGAAGAUAAAAACGAAGAAAGUAACCCACCACCGUUCAUCACGCCUCCUCCUCCUAAUCCAGACUACAAAGGUCCGAAAGGUGAGAAGGGUGAUAAAGGAGAUAAGGGCGAGAGCGUUCGAGGACCACCAGGACCUCCUGGACCACCUGGACCUGGAUAUGAUUCGAACGAUGAGGAUUGGCCAGUAAAAAUACCACAAGGUCCACCAGGUCCUAAAGGAGAACCAGGCAAAUGUGCGUGCAAUGCAACGGCGUUGAUGACAUCCUUCACGAUGCCAAAAAUGAUCGAAGGACCGAAAGGCGAACCAGGUGUCCCUGGAAAGGAAGGAAAGCAAGGGCAGAUGGGUCUUACUGGUGCAGCAGGACCACCCGGAGAAAGGGGAUUACAAGGUCCACCUGGAGCAAGAGGUGAAAAAGGAGAUAUAGGAAUACUUGGACCCGAAGGUCCUCAAGGACAGAAAGGUGAACCAGGUAGAGAUGGAAUACCAGGUGAAAAGGGAGCUCAGGGACCUCCUGGGCCACCUGGAAAGGGCGAAUUCUCCGGCUACGAUCCCAGUUGGAAGACCCGAGGCAUUUUCAGGACCGAAGGUAUCACGAUGAGACCAGGUCUACCAGGACAAAAAGGUGAAUCAGGCAUACCUGGGAAUCCUGGUCCUAAAGGAGAAGCGGGAAUUCCGGGUGGAAAGGGUAUUAAAGGCGAGCCUGGUCACAAGGGUGGAAAAGGAGAACACGGAAAAGAAGGGCCAAGAGGAAUUCAAGGCUUUAAAGGAGAACCAGGUGCUCCAGGAGCACCAGGACUUCCUGGUGCACCAGGAGAAAAUGGAAGACCAGCCGAAAAAGGUGACAAGGGUGAUUUUGGACCCGAAGGGAAACCUGGUCCGCCUGGUCCACCGGGACCACCAGGACCCAAUAGUCCAGGUGUUAUAAACGUUGGAGAUACAGGAUUAGAAGAGAAGGGUGAGAAGGGUGAAUCUGGGCCACGUGGUUACAAAGGCGAUCAAGGAACUAAAGGCGAGAAAGGGGAUAAGGGGGAAUAUGGACCAGCCGGUAUACCGGGUGUAAACGGAAUUCAAGGACCGCAAGGAGAUAAAGGCGAGCCCGGUAAGGACGGAGUUCCCGGAAUUUCUGGAAUUCCGGGUUUGAAAGGAGAAAGGGGUGAAAGGGGUCCUCCCGGUGUCACCGCUAUCGCCAAUUCCGGUGACUAUAUCACCAUCAAAGGUGAAAAGGGUGCAGAAGGUAAAAGAGGAAGAAGAGGUCGUCCUGGACCACCAGGUCCUGUCGGACCACCCGGAAAACCAGGAGUAAUGGGAGAAAUUGGUCUACCAGGAUGGAUGAAUACAAAGGGUCGUCCUGGACCACCAGGAAAUCCUGGCUUAAUUGGACCGAAAGGAGAGAAAGGAGAACCUGGAACACCAAGUGCUUAUGGAAUCUCAAGGAAAGGUGAGAAAGGAGAUGACGGAAUGCCAGGAAUUCCAGGACAACACGGAAGAGACGGACAACGAGGUCCUCCGGGACCACCAGGAGCACCUGGCCCAGCUUCUAAAGGAAACUACAUUCCUGUACCAGGACCUCCAGGUCCUCCAGGACCUCCAGGAUCACCAGGACUCUCUUUAAUAGGACAAAAAGGUGAACCAGGAAUUGGCAGGAGUCACAUUUUCGGAGAGAAAGAUUAUUAUGGAAUGAGACAAGGACCCAGAAGCAGUCUGGACGAAUUAAAGGCACUUCGCGAGUUAAAGCAGCUGAAAGAAUUAAAGGAACAUUUAGGUACUGCUACUGUUGCUACAAGAGGUCCUUUGGAAAGUACAACAAAGAUAGUCCCAGGAGCAGUAACGUUUCAAAAUACGGAAGCUAUGACAAAGAUGUCGAGUGUCAGUCCUGUUGGAACUUUGGCAUAUAUCAUAGACGAACAAGCCUUGCUUGUAAGAGUUAACAAUGGAUGGCAAUACAUAGCGCUCGGCUCACUUCUUCCAAUAACAACCCCUGCGCCACCAACGACAGCACCACCUCCGGCAAAUCCACCUUUCGAAGCUUCAAACCUGAUAAAUCAGAUACCAGUGAAGGCUGACGGUACAGGAUGGUAUCCUAAAAUGUUGAGAAUGGCAGCAUUAAAUGAGCCGUUUACUGGCGACAUGCACGGUGUAAGAGGUGCAGAUUACGCUUGCUAUCGUCAAGCAAAACGAGCAGGCUUGAGAGGUACCUUCCGUGCAUUCCUAAGCUCCAGAGUGCAAAACGUCGACAGCAUCGUCAGACUUGGAGAUCGCGAUCUUCCAAUCGUUAACAUCAAGGGUGACGUUCUUUUCAAUUCGUGGAAGGAAAUGUUUAAUGGUAAUGGAGCCUACUUUUCCCAAAACCCUAGAAUCUACAGUUUUAAUGGAAAAAAUAUUCUUACUGACUUUGCCUGGCCGGAAAAAGUAGCAUGGCAUGGUUCGCACAAACUGGGAGACCGAGCGAUGGACACUUAUUGCGAUGCCUGGCAUUCUAGCAGCUCUGAUCGUUACGGAUUAGGAUCACCUCUUACAGGAGGUCGACUUUUGGAGCAAAUUCGUUAUUCCUGCGAUAACAAGUUUGCCUUACUUUGCAUAGAAGUAACCAGCGAAGCUACAAGGAGACGAAGAAGCAGUCCUUCUGCAGAAGAUGAAGUAGAAAUGACAGAGAGCGAGUAUAAGAAACAUUUGGAAGCAUUAAUGAAAAAUUGAAGGCUCUUGUUAAAUAUAAAUAUUUGCAAACCGUUAUGUAAAUAGAAAUCGAGAUGUACUGACCGUAAAGAUUACUGAAUCGAAUAAGCGAAAAAUAUAGCUUUAUUCGUGUUAAAACAAAAAAAACACAAGUGACAAAAACGUUACAUUUAACAUAAACAAAUUGUGAAAAGAAUUGAAACGGUCGUUUCAUCUCGUUUCUCAUAUCCUGGAAUGCUACUAUCCUCUAUUUCCAAAGUUAUAACUCGUAAGCAAAGCCCUUAUUAUCGCUUCAAAGAAGUUUCCGUUUAUCUCUUAAAAAGAAGACUGAUCGUCUAGACAUACUACGUUCGUCAACGUUUCAUAUCGAUCAUCAUACCGUAAUAUUAAUGAAAACGUCGAAUUGAGAGGAUAAGUUUUGAAAAAAAAAUAUAAAAAAAAAGAAUCUCAUGGCUUUCAGUAUCUCAAAGCGUCUUAUAUCUCGUGCGAAUAAUUUAAGCGUUCCCUUGAAAAUUUAUCUACAUCCAGCGCUAAACUUCCUCCUCUUUGCUUAACGUCCUAAUAAGAGAGGAAGACUCCAAAUAGGAGAAUUUCUAAGGCACGCACGAAUAACGAUUUGAUGUUUAGAUUGUAAACUACUGCUCUUUAAAAACCUAAAUAAAUCUAAACGGAGAUCAUAUCCGCGCAUCGAGACGCGUUUACAUUUUAGCUGAUACAUAUGAGUGUGUAUGUUAGAUGUAAGAAACAUCGAUUAAGAAUUCUAUAUGACGAGUCGCUGUUCGUUUCAAAUGAAGACAAGAUUUGUGCUCUACGCGAUAUGUAAGUUACAUUAGUUGUCUCAUGAUCGUAUAGUGUUGUUUUCUGAUCGAGAACUAUUCGAGUUAAUGGUUUCAUGAGAAUCGCCAAAACUUCGUAAACUACCGUAAUAACGAACAACAAUAUCUUCAUAAAUUUAUUUAAGAUCACUCGCCCACUUUGUACUCUCUUCUCUUUCAGGAAACGAACAUUUUUUCCAUCUUGUCAUUACUGCUUUACAUCACGAGCAUGAAUCGAAUCAAUGUUGUCUGUAACUUGAGAAUAUAUUACGAUUAACAUUAACCUAAUUUAUUAAAGUUACAUAUGUAGAGAAAAAGAAAGAAACCGUUAUAAGUCUAUAUACUUAGGUUGUCAACAUGCUUGUCGGCGAAUACAACGUAAAUAAAUGGAACUUUCUAAUGUAAUUUAGAUCGCGCCGCCCAGAAAAAACAAUAUGUACAACUAAUUAUCUUUCAAUAUAGUUUGCACUGACAUUUUAUUUCCAAAUUUUAUAUUAUUUGUACAUUUUAUUAUAUCAUCUUUCUAAAUAAAAGCGGAAA